CGCGAUAUCUUCGCAUUGUUCAAUGGCUGGUUGGCGGUAACGUUACACAACAUGUUUGGUAACAUGCACGCGGUGGUAAAGCCAUGACGUCACUGACGACGCCUUCCUGAAGCAUAUGAAAUAUAAACACAUCAAAUAUAACUUGGCGUGAAAAAACGGAAUAUAAAAAGUGCUCUCAAAUACAGUUAAGAUGGCUGCGGCGUCUACUUCAGUUGCAUAACUUCUGACUUCCUUCCAACCAAAAUGCCAGAGGGACCCGAACUCCACCUGGCCAGCCUUUAUGUCAACAAAAUGUGCAAGGGUGUGGUGUUUGCUGGACCUGUCAUGAAGUCUGAUGUCAGCAAGAGCCCCGACGUGGCCUUCACCUGCGAUGCGUACCGCAUCAACGCCACUUCCAGAGGGAAGGAAGUGAAGCUCACGCUGACGCCCAUCAAGAGUGACGCCAAAGAGGCGCAGCAGCCGGUGGACGUUGUCUUUCGCUUUGGCAUGUCAGGGUUCUUCCGCUUCACCGCCGUGGAUGAGCUUCCCAAGCACGCCCAUCUGCGCUUUUAUUCCAAGGAGGAUCCUGGCAGAGUGCUGAGCUACGUGGAUGCACGCAGGUUCGGCAGCUGGCAGCCAAAUGGGAAGUGGCAGCCUGACAGAGGACCCUGCAUCAUGUUUGAGUACAGAAGCUUCAGGGAGAAAGUGGUGUCGCAUCUGUCUGACCGUGUCUUUGAUCGACCCAUCUGUGAAGUCCUGCUCAACCAGAAGUACUUCAACGGCAUUGGGAACUACCUCAGGGCUGAAAUCCUUUAUAGGUUAAACAUCCCACCCUUUGUGGCUGCCCGGACUGUUCUGGAAGGCCUCCAGUCAGAGGAUGCGUGUGAAGACAAGAAAGAUGUAAAAAAGGAGAUCCAUAGCAAAAAGGGAGCCAAAAAGGCCAAAAUGGAAGAGGAGAAUGCAGACCUGCUCAGACUUUGCCACACAGUCCCGCUGGAGGUGGUCAACUUAGGUGGGAAAGGUUACGAUCCACAGAAGGCAGACUACUCCGAUUUUGAGGCGUGGUUGCAGUGUUACUACGUGGAUGGAAUGAAGUCUGUACGCGACCACAACGGCAGGACUAUGUGGUUUCAAGGCGAUCCAGGUCCUCUGGCUCCUAAAGAUUCAAAGUCUCCAAAGGCCAAAAAGAGAAAAGAUACAGAUGUGGACCAUGAUUACACCCACACGAAAAAGGUAUAUACAGUGUCCAGGAAACAGAACUCUGACAGCACAGUGAAGAAAAAAGCAGGCAAAAAGCCAACAAAAGCAGCAAAGGAAGAAGAAAAUGUACCUGAAGAAGAAGCCAGACCCAGAAGAAGAUCUGUCAAGUCCUCGGAAGCAAACACACCUCAGCGAGAACCGACAUCCACUUCAGGCAGGAGGAAAAAGAACAACACAGAGCCAGCAGCAGGCUUGAAGAAACGCAGUGGGAGACUGACAAGACAGAAUGUCAAGUAAAAACAUCUAUUGGGAAAUACUGUUUUUAUUCCAUGAUACAUAUUUUUAAUAAACAUUUUACAAGCUUA